AUGGAAUCGACAACGAAGGGAAGUUCCUCCUCCAGCGCUCAAAGUGCCAUUCGCUUUCCUGAAGAGACUGAGACGUCGGAUCAAUCAAUGCGUGGGCGCGGCGGACCGAGGCUCCAAACGGCAACGAAAACGAUUGAUGCUUUGCUUCGAAGAAGACGCAAUGUUGCAAGGAAAAGGAAAACUUCGCGAUCGAAUAGCUCUCCAUCAUACUCUCGUUCAACUGCGUCAUCAUGUGCAUAUUCUUCGGAAAAGAAGUCAUCGUCUCAUCGCUCUAAAACUCCAUUCGCAUCUCGUGCACGUUCUUCGGCCAUGAAAUCCUCAUCUCAUCGAUCCAAAGUGCCUGCCUCAUCUCAGCACCCUAAAUCGCUAGCCUCAUCUCGUGCACGUUCUUCGGGCAAGAAAUCUUCAUCUCACCACUCGAAACCAAUGUUAUCUCGUAGUCGUUUGCCCUAUCACGAGCGACCAUCUCGGCGUCAACGAUCGACUCGUCAAUCAAUCGAAUUGGCUAGGAGGAUUCAACGCGGAAAAGAAGAGGCAAAAGCGCAGAAAGAAAAGGAGGAAGCUAUCUUUGUGUUCAACGUGCGCAAGCGUGUUUUGGUGGAUUGGUUGCAGAGUCUCUACGAUCAACCUGAUGAUGCGAUCAUUGCAAUUCGUGUGAAUAAGGAUCAGUUGCGUACCCUCAGUGAGCACGAAGCCUCAAAAGAGCGUCGUCGUCAGAGACGCCAGGGGGAA